CAUUUUAAUAUUACAAUAUUAUUUCAAGUAAUUCAACAGAACAAUGCAUGUGAUUUUAUUAACAUUUUUCUUUUCGUUUUGUGUUUUAAUUUAAAUGCAGUUUGUCUACACUAAUACAUUAAUUUGUUCAACUAAUGAGUUGUAUCUAACUUCUCGUGCGAAGCCGGGGCGGAUCGCUAGUAAUUUAUAACUGAAUAACAUUUUAUAAUUUACAGUGAUGGCAUUACCAGAUUUAUUAAGAAACUAUCCGUCCAGUGUCAGAGAUACUGUAGAAGGUCUUCUGAGUUUGUGGACCCUGCACCGUAUCAAUGUGACAAACGAAGAAGUGCCUGUUCCUACAAAUAAUGUGACAACAGAUGACGCGCAUGAAGAACAACCCAGUCCACCAUCAACCUCUGACAAUGAAGAUUUGAAUGCAUAUAAUUGCCAACCAUCGUCCAGUGGUAAUUUAAGUACCUUUAAUCGAGGUGCAACAAAUAAGGAGAACAAAAGGAUCCGACGCAAUUCAAAUGUUAACAAAGUUGGCGGUAAAAUGGUACCUAUCGGCAAUGGACACGCUAAACUACCUUUGGAAGUGCUCGAAAAUAUAAACUGGUCUUCCUCUUAUACGCGUAUAACAAGAAAAUUAUUGACUGCUGUUUUCUCGCGCCGGUAAAAUAUUUUUUUUUAAAAUAAUAGUUAUUUUUUUGAUUCGUGUUUUUCAUAUUAUAAUUAUUGAUUUUAUUUUAGAAU